AUGAAAUCCCAGAAAGCAAGAAAUUGUAGCAAAUAUAAAAGGGAUUCCAACAAGGAUGGAGAAUUAUCAAAUCAAAAUAUUACAUUUAUUUCUGAUGGUCAUUUACAUAUGUCCGACAAGAAAGCCAAAGAGUUCGUGAAGAAACCUGAUAAUCUUCUAAUCGAGUAUGUGGAUCCAAAGCCUCUUCCUGAGCUUACUACUAAUACCAUUUAUGUACAGGGUAAAAAUGGAUUUAAUGCUAUGAAAAUCAGUAAUAAUACUAAUAAUCUCUCAUCAAAAAAUUUCCAAGAUGUACAUAUUUUAAGGUCAAAUUUAUCUCCGGUUAAAAUCGCAAUCAUGUUUAAAAAAUUUGGACAUUCCAUCGGCUAUAUUUUUCAGGGAUUACUUGGUGGAAUAGCUUUAUUACAUUUUAUUUUAAUGCAAACAUAUUUCAAUGACUAUAACAGUUUUAUUCAUAAUUAUCUUCUAAUGUUGGAAAUAUAUUCAAGCAUUUUUUCAUUGUUUAUUGCUAUUUGUAUUAUUUCUAUUUUUGAUAAAUUUGAUUUCUUUCAUAUUGGGGGGAAGAAUUUUUGCACAUUAAUUAAACAGCAUAUGUUAUCGAUUAUAUCAGUUCCAUUAUAUAUAACUGUAUUCUUGUUACAUCAAAUAAUUUCGAAAAUGGACAAUGAGCUAAUAUUAUUGCAUUAUAACUCUAAAAAUAUAUCUUACCAUUUAAUCCAAGUACAUUUUAAUAGAAAUGUAGAAAUAAAUAUUCUGAAUUUGAAAACCUGGCAAAGUAUUACAGCUGUGAAGGAUGUGUUAUCCAUAUUUGGUUGGAUAUUAGUAUCUAUUGACAUUCGCAAGAAUAUGCUACGAGCGAAACUUAAAAUCUUAAGUUAUUAUGAAAAGUUGAAUAUUUAUCCAUGAUUAAC